UAGUCGCGGGUUGAUUGUAUCUCAUAAAUAUACUGGAUUUUUGCUAGUUUACAUGUCAACGCUUUUCAGGAUUUUGGGUCGUUCUCCUUCCAUUCUGUGCAACUUUAAGCAGGACUUUAGAACGUUACGCGGUCGUAAAUUACUUCAACAGAAAUAUGUGCCGUAUUGUACAGCUUUUAAAACGACUGAAGAUGAAAGCCCCAAGCGCGCCGUUAUUGAUGAUAAUGAACGCAGUUGUGGUCCAAAACUAAAAGUAGGAUUUCAAGCUGAAACUCAAAAGUUACUGGAUAUCGUUGCAAAAUCUUUGUACUCAGACAGAGAGGUGUUCGUUCGUGAGUUGAUCUCAAAUGCAAGUGAUGCUAUAGAGCGCCUGAAAUUUCUGCGUCUUUCUGGUCAAGUUUCAACUAGUUCUAGCGAUGGACCUUUGGAAAUACACAUGAAGACGGAUGAAGCGAAGAAAAUUCUUAUCAUUCAAGACACAGGGAUUGGAAUGUCAAAAAAUGAGUUGGAAAAAAAUCUUGGAACUAUAGCCCAUUCCGGAAGUCGAGAAUUUGUUUCUAAUAUAAAUGAUGAUAAGGAUAGUCAAAAACCUGUUGAUAUUAUUGGUCAAUUCGGAGUUGGUUUCUAUGCCUGUUUUAUGGUAGCUGAUAAGGUUGAUGUUUUUUCUCGUAGUCACUUGGAUACGAACCCAUCGGAAGUUGGAAGUCAUUGGUCUUCUUCUGGUCUUAAUGGGGAAUAUGAAAUCGGUGAUGCCGAAAAUGUUAAUCGUGGUACAAAAAUUGUACUUUACCUGAAGGAUUCGGCUUCUGAAUUUGCAAAAGAGGAUGUAUUGAAACGUAUCCUCCUUAAGUACAGCAAUUUCGUUAGUACUCCUAUUUAUCUGAAUGGCCAACGAAUCAAUGAGAUUGAACCACUAUGGACUAAAAACCAAUCAGAAGUAUCUGAUGAAGAACACAAAUCAUUUUACCAGUAUCUUUGCGGUAACAAAUAUGAUAGUCCACGUUACACUUUUGCGUACAAAACGGAUGCACCAAUAAAUUUGCGAGUACUUUUGUAUGUACCAAACUUGAAACCUAGCAUAUUUGACAUGGCGCGUGAUUCAGACAAUGGUGUAGCACUAUACAGUCGGAAGGUUAUGAUAAUGAAUCGUACAGAAGUACUCUUACCGAAAUGGCUACGUUUCUUGCGUGGUGUUGUUGAUAGCGAGGACAUCCCUUUAAACUUGAGUAGGGAAUUGUUACAAGAUAAUUCACUUGUACGCCGCAUCAAUCGUUUAGUAACUGUCAGGUUCCUAAAAUUUUUAUCUCAACAAGCAUCGCGGGAAACAGACAAGUUUAUCAACUUUUUGGAUGACUAUGGCCUCUAUUUGAAAGAAGGUUUAGUGAUUGAGGGAGAUCAAAAAUUACGGGAAGAAAUAGCUAAAUUAUUACGUUGGGAGUCAACUGCCUUACCUCCUGGUCAAACUACUUGUUUAGAUGAAUAUGCUAGUAGAAUGCACGCAGGUCAGAGAGAUAUUUACUUUUUAUCCUCUCCCAGCAGACAGUUGGCUGAGAGUUCCCCAUAUUUGGAAGCUGUCCGUAAGAAAAAUCCAGAUAUUGAGGUGUUGUUUUUGUACGAACCGUACGAUGAACUUGUUCUUAUGCAAUUAAGUCAAUACGACAAAAAAGCGUUAACGUCAAUUGAAAGUAUGAUUGCCGACGAUAUGUCAGAUACUGAUUCAGUUGGAUCUGAACGCCAAAAUUGCUUAAAACCGGAUGAGGCGUCGAAGUUGGUUGAAUGGGCGGAAAAGACACUUGGUCCAAAAGUCAAGAAAGUGAAGGUUACACAAAGGUUGAGUACUCAUCCAUGCUUUGUUUCUGUUCGUGAAGCUGGAGCAAUGAGACACUUUUUGCGAACUUCUUUGGCUGACAGAACUUCUGAAGAAAGAUAUCAUGCUAUUGGACCAACACUAGAACUUAAUCCAGAACAUAAAUUAGUUCGAUAUCUGUAUAAUUUAAUUCAUUCCUCCAAAGGUUCUGAACAAAACGAAGAUUAUUCUUUAGCGGUUUCUUUCUUGGAUCAUUUGUACGACACAGCUAUGGCGCAAGCAGGUCUCUUAGAUGAUAUUCGAGGGCUUGCCUCUCGAACGACGGAUUUAGUCGGAAAACUAGUUGAAAAGAACUGAAUCAAAGAAUGUUUUGUCACCACGAAUGUGAAAUUUGCGCGUUUGGCAAGGUCACGAUUUGCACGUGAUGCCAUUUUCCAUUGGUUUUGAAAAAUUGCGAACUCAUCAUACAGUACAAGCUCAUAAAUCCAUCCUUAUAUUAUAUUUUGACAUACUUUAUCUAUUAAGUAAUCCCACUCUGGUCGUAUCGUAUAUCUACAAGCCCUUGUUGUAAAUUGUUGAUCAUGCUUGUAAGAGUGGUGUAUAACUUGUGUGAGAAAUAU